AUGAUUUUUGGUGAAUGUGGGGUAUUGAGAAUUUAUGAAGCCUCACCAGAUGUAACGCCUUCGGCUAUUCUGAGGACCUGCAUUGAGAAGUUGGGGCUACCUACAUCCGCUGCAACAUUGUAUCGACAGCUUCCCGGUAUUACUUCUAAGCCAAGCUCGGACUCGACUGCCGAAGAGAGCAACGGUUCGUCCUCAAGCGGCGACGGGAAUGAAGGAAGCGGGGGGUCUAGCAAGGCCGGUGUCAUUGCCGGUGCAGUCGUGGGAUCCGUUGUCGGAAUAGGUCUUCUCGCCGGUGCGGCUUUUCUCUUUUGGUUCCUGAGGAAGCGGUCCAAGCCCGGGAUGCCGCAGAACCCAGUCCCGCAGAACCCAGUCGUUGAGAAUGUCGCAACCGGACCGUCGGAAUUGGGAGGGAUUGGGAAAACAGCCGAGGAGAUUGGGAAGCCCGAGAUCGAUGGCCAGGAGAAGCCCGCUACCGAAUCUGCUGCUGAACUUGGUGCAAGAAGCCCGCCGACUGCCGAAUUGGGAUCCCUAGGACCAAGCCCACUACCUCACACACAAGAACUCUCGGCGCAGCCGACCGCGACUGAGCUUGCCGGUUCCCCACCACUUACCUGCCAGUCAGGCUCCCCGGGAGAGCUGCCUGCAUCCAGGAUGAUUUACGAGAUGCCUGCUGAGCCAUAUGAGAGGGAGGAAAGGAGGCCCCGCGAGGAGGGUCAGCAGCAAACUACGGAGCUGCAGCUCCAGGCGAUCCACGAGGCUACUGAGGAGCCAAUAAACAUGUACAAGGCGGAGCAGAGAAAAAGGAGGAAGAGAGGGCCUGGCGUCAAGAUCCCGCCUUCUUGGUGUAGGAGCUUCGGCAAGAGCAAGAGCGCCAGCGCCAUGUGA